AUGGGAGAGGGUUGGACGCAGGUACGGCAGAGGAAAGCUCCAGCGAAUCAUCGAUUUGGAUUGGAAGAAACCAGUUUUUUCGUAUCAAACAUACCUACAGGGGCCACAAAAGAUGAGUUUCGGAAAAUCUUCAACUCAUUUGGUAAGCUAACAGAUAUCUACUUUGGGGGCAGGAAAGGAAAGAAUGGAAAAAACUUUGGGUUUAUUCGAUACAGUGGAGUCGAUGACAAGAGAACACUCGAGGCAAAAUUGAAUGGUACGGUAUGUAGGAGUAACAAGUUGGAGAUUAAUAUUGCAAAACAUGAAAGGACGUUGCCAAAGACAAACAACAGAAAAUUUCAAUCAUCGAUUCCCUUUAAGGUUAACGUUGGUGGAGGAUUUGUCGGAAAUAGAUCCUAUGCAGAAGUCGCAGGUGCUGGAGCAGAACCCGAAAUACCUCAAAACCAAUCUCCAGUCAAUCCACCGAUUCGUCUACAAGUGGAUGACAGGAUGAUGAGGCUGACUACUGGGAAUUGUCUUAUCGGUGAGGUUAAAACAUUAGAUCACCUUGGUCACCUGCCAGCGUUGAUGUCCAUCUAUAGUGAUGCUGGGGUGAAGGUCAAAUAUGCUGGCGGAAUGAAGGCCAUCAUCGCGUUUGAUUCCGCGACCCUAGCAACUAACUUCUUGAAGAUCGAAGACAACUGGAAAAGCAUAUUUAACUACUUAAAAGCUGGGGUGGAUGUUGACUAUAAUUUCGAGCGAGUAGCUAGUAUACGGAUUGUUGGGCUUCCCAUUCGGCUAUGGUGUGAAGAAAAUUUCUCUGCAAUUGUCCAAAAGUUUGGGAAAAUCAUUAUCCCCUUUGAUCAUAUUGAAGAUAGACUGGACCUCUCGGUGGUCAAAGUGGGAAUUCUUACUUGUACAAAGAAAAAAAUUAAUGAGGAAAUAAGAGUGGAAGCUGAAGGAAAAAUCUUUGACGUAGGGCUGGUGGAGUAUGAAGACGAACCAUGGUUUCCCUUCAGGUUUGAUAAUGAUGAACAAUCGUUUGAACCUGAGACGGACUAUGUAACCUCGGAGGAUGAACUAGAUGAUGAGGUCGAUGAUGUCUCGGGUGAUGAUGAAGACGGCGUAUCAGAUACAUGGAUGGGCGAUAUAGAAGAAGGUGAGAUAGUCGGGGAAGAAAUGAUAGACGGCGCCGGAGAUGGCGGAUGUUCCGACGACCAUGGAGCAAAGAAGAUCAGUCCAGCUCAAAAGUCGCCGACGGCCUCGGAAUCACAACAGGCACAUGCAUGCUCUAGUGACGGGGAAGCGGAAACGACUCAUGGGAAAAAGAAGGAAUUAAGUAAGGUAGAUGACUCAAAGGAAGCACGUGAUGGAAAAAAUAAUGAACCGGGGCAAGUAGCGGGCACUCCAAAUGGGUCCCAUGGACCUAUCAUGGACCAUUCAUUGCUGGGCCACCACAAGCCCAUUUCCUUCCCCUCAAACCUUGCGCAAUCCGGUUGCUUUGGCCCAUUCCCGUCCAAGGCGAUUACUUCAUUACCUGGUAGUCAAAUACUCCAAAUCCAGGCAAACGAAAUAGGUCGCUCUUCAAAAAAAAGACGUCGCUCCCGUAGUAAAUCGCCAAAAUUCGAUUUAUCAGGUUUUCCAGUACACAACUUGUUCAAUGAAGGUGAAGAACACACCUCAGUGGUUGGUCAUCAUCGUUCGAGCAGGGAACAGUCACUCUCCCCCAAACCACCUGGUUCUAACAAUGCGCCAAGGACCAACGAAAUUGAGGCUACAGCAGAAGUUGGAGCAAUGAUUGGGUUUGAAAUUGAUGCUACGAACAAGCUGUUGGCUGAAAUUCUGGGAGGAAAUGGUGAGAUCAACGUGCCCUAA